AUGGCACCAUUUGGCCUGACGCGGCUGGAGGUCCAAACGCAGCCAAUCCUAACCUUGUGCUUGGUCAGCCUGACGGUGGCAGACAUGUUGGACCAGCCAUAUGCUAGAUCUUUGGUGCAUUGCGACGUCCCGGUGAACACAACCGAAGGUGCCGAGUUCUCAGGCUCGCGAUACUGCGGGCACCGCUUGCAUGUUAUUGGUGUAGGCGCAGAGGUUGCCGGAUGGGGGCAGAGCUUUGCGAAUGCCGGGCGCCUUUGCAUCACCCUUUUCUUGAGCGGUUUGGCAGACUACGGGCGCAGGCGGCCGGUUCUCUUGGGCCAGUUUAUGGUCACUUUGGCGACCGUCUUGUUUGCCUUUGCCCAAUUCUUGCCAACAAGUCUGGCAUUUCCUUCCUAUGUGGUUGCGAAGGGCCUGCAAGGAAUGAGUGGCAUCGGCAUCAUCCAGGAGAUUGUCACUGGGGACGUCGCGCUUCGGCUGAACGACACUGUCGCGGUUUAUGGCCGCAGGCAGGUGCUCAUCAACUGUCUCUUUGUCGUGCUCACUCCCCUUAACUUGUACAUGCAGUGGGUGGAGAUAGCGGACUUCACUUAUGCCUGGGCUGCAAUGGUCGUCGUGAAUCUGGCAGCCUUGGCCUUGUCAUGGCGUUUUUUCCCGGAGACGCUGCAGAGGAAAAAGGACGUCCAGCAGUUUUCUGUCAUGGCCAUGGUGAAGGAGGAGGUGCAAAAUUUCCGGGCUCUAGUCAGAACCCACGACUACAUCAGCAUACGGAUUGUUGAGGAGCUCUUCAGCAAGAUGGCGGCCCCCGAUGCCAUUGUCCUGCCAUUCCUGAUGGCGAACUUCCAGUUCUCCCAGUUCGAUGCGCUGGUCGUCACCGCCCUGCCGGGGAUCCUUGGGGGCAUCUCUCUAAGCUGGCUGGUGCCCACGAUGUGUGCGAAGCUGGGGCACAAGAAAGUGAUGAGGUUCUGCCUUUUGUACUAUCGGCUCUCUGGUUGCAUCCUCUCCUUCUUGCUACCUUUUCGGUUCCUGGGCAUUCCGGUGCCUUUGAUUGGCAUGGCGAUGCAUCUUCCGCUGUCGGGCCUCCCGGCCGUGGCCCAGGGGAUUGAGAUCCGCGUGAUCCGGCAGGAGAACAACGCCAAGUUUCAGGCCAUGUGUCAGAUGGUGGGCUUCCUCUGCGGCUCGAUCACCAGCGGCCUCUACGCCCACCUCUUCGAUGCGGAGGCCACCAGCUACGGCCAGAAGGUCCUCCCAUUUGCGGUCUCGGCGGUCAUCGGGCUGUGGAACAUCCCCCUGUUCCUGUUCUACAGCGGCCCCAAAGUGCUGGCCGAGUGCGAGAAGGUGGACAAAGAAGCCGCAGAGCUGAGAGCGGCAUCAGCGAAGGUGCCGAAGACAAAGCCAGAGUGA